AUGAAUAAUGCAACGACUACGAAUGCGACGACGCCUGAUGAGAGAACACCGAUUUGGGUCGGAUAUAUUUCUGUAUUGAUAUCGGUUGUAUUUUUCGGUUCUAAUUUUGUUCCAGCCGCAAAAUAUCCAAUUGGUGAUGGUCUUUCAUUUCAAUUUUUUUUAUGUUGUGGUAUAUGGGUUACAGGUGUUAUCAUUAAUUUAAUCAUCAAAAAUCCUCCAUUUUUUCCAUUAGUCUUAAUUGGUGGACUUUUAUGGACAACGGGUAAUAUUCUUUCGGUUUUUGUUAUUCCUAUAAAUGGUCUUGGUCUGUCGAUGUUGCUAUGGUGCACUUCGAACUUGUUCAUAGGAUGGGCUAGUGGUCACUUUGGAUGGUUUGGUUUGACACCAGAAAAUGUUGAGAAUCCUGCUUUUAAUUAUAUUGGUGUUGCUAUCGCUUGUUUUAGUGGUGUCAUAUUUCUUGCUAUUCGUACAGGUAAAAUAGAGAAUAAUGUUCAAGAACGGCAGCCUAUUCUUCAUUCAAUUGAUGUAGUCAAUACAUCGGUCAAAGCAGUACCAGAAAUAAACACUGUUCCACAAUCGAUAGUAAGCAUACGAAUGCGUGUUAUUGCCAGUGGCUUAGCCAUUAUAGCUGGAAUCUUAUUUGGUCUUGUAUUUACUCCAAGUACUUAUAUACAAGAUCAUCGAAAAGAUAAAUAUCCAACAGCAUCUAAAAAUGGUCUCCAUUAUAUAUUUUCUAUGUAUACCGGUAUUCUUCUAGCUUCAUCAUUUUAUUAUGGAAUAUACAUUGUUGCUAAACGUAAUCGUCCACAUGUUCAUGUAGAAAGUAUAUUACCUGCAUUUAUAUCUGGUAUAAUGUGGGGUAUUGCACAAGCAGGUUUUCUUGUUGCUAAUAGUGUAUUGAGUCAAGCUAUUUCAUUUCCACUUAUAUCAAUUGGACCAGGGACAAUUGCUGCACUUUGGUCGAUAUUCUAUUUAAAAGAUAUUGCAGGAUCAAGAAAUUAUCUUAUAUUUACUGGUGGAACUUUACUUCGAAUUAUUGCUGCUGUGCUUAUUAUCUUAUCUAAACCGAUUUCAAAUUAA